AUGUGGCUCUUUAUUUCAAUUGCUUUCAGCACUCUCGUGCUACUUGAAGCGUACAAGUUUACCGAUCAAACUGAUAAGCAAGCGUUGCUCGACUUCAAGUCUCAAGUUUCUGAAGGCAAAAAAGAUGUAUUGUCCUCAUGGAACAACUCAUUCCCUCUCUGCAACUGGACCGAGGUUACAUGCGGCCGCAAAAACAAGAGAGUUACUGGUUUAGACCUCGGAGGAUUGCAAUUGGGCGGGGUGAUAUCGCCAUCUAUUGGUAAUCUUUCGUUUCUCAUAUACCUUAAUCUCAAAAAUAAUUCUUUUGGUGGAACCAUCCCUCAAGAGGUGGGAAACUUGUUUAGACUUGAACAAUUGUCUAUGGGAUUUAAUUUUCUCGAGGGAGGUAUUCCAGCGAGUCUGUUUAACUGCUCUAGAUUGCUGAAGCUUGAUUUAUACUCAAACUAUCUUGGAGCACAUAUUCCUGCAGAGAUAGGGUCAUUGACGCAGCUUACGUUUUUAGAUCUUGGUAAUAAUAACCUAAAAGGAAAGCUCACAGCAUCUCUAGGAAACUUGACAUCACUCACUGGAUUUAGCUUUGGAGGAAACGAUUUAGAAGGAGAAAUUCAUGAUGAUAUAGCUAAACUGACUCAGUUGGUGCAUCUUGAUAUAUCAACCAACAAUUUCUCAGGUGUUUUUCCUCCUGGAAUCUACAAUUUGUCUUCACUAGACUUUUUGAAUAUUUUUGGUAAUGGUUUUUCCGGGAGCUUGAAGCCUGAUUUUGGUAAUUUGCUACCAAACCUUCAAGGUUUAUAUCUAGGGAGUAAUUUUUUCUCAGGAGAAAUUCCAGCAACACUUCCAAAUAUCUCAAAUCUUCAAAUGUUGGGAAUGGAGAAUAAUAGUCUGACAGGAAGUAUUCCUCCACGCUUUGGAAAAAUACAGGAUUUACAAAUCCUAACACUUCAUAUGAAUUCUUUAGGAAGUUAUUCUGCUGGAGAUCUUGACUUUUUUGGUGCUUUAACUAAUUGCACACAACUGAAGACUUUAAGUGUGGCUUACAAUUCCCUUGGGGGUUUCUUGCCUACCUCUGUUGCCAAUCUUUCCAUGAACCUCAUGGAGUUACAAAUUGGAAGUAAUCUCAUCUCUGGAAGUAUUCCUUAUGACAUUGGUAAUCUCAUAAGCUUACAAAAACUUGGGUUUGGAAAAAAUCUAUUGUCAGGACCACUCCCAGCCUCUCUUGGGAAGCUUUUAGAAUUGGUAUCAUUAUAUCUCAACUGGAAUAGAUUUUCAGGAGAGAUACCAUCUUUUAUAGGAAACAUCACUCGAUUAGAAAGACUAUAUUUAUCCUAUAAUAGCUUUGAAGGAAUCAUUCCUCCUAGUAUUGGUAAAUGUAGCAACCUGCUGUAUUUACAUCUUGAGGAUAAUAAGUUGAAUGGGACUAUACCUCGGGAGAUUAUGCAAAUUCCACCCCUUGUUUCACUAAACAUGUCAAAUAAUUCUUUGACUGGCUCUCUACCCAUAGAUGUGGGAAAUCUUGAAAAUCUUGUUCUAUUAUCUGUUGCGCAUAAUAAACUAUCAGGAAAUCUCCCACAGACUUUGGGAAAGUGUCUCACGAUGGUACAACUUUUUCUGCAAGGAAAUUCUUUUGAUGGAAUCAUUCCAGACAUAAGUGGGUUGGUGGGUGUCAAAGAGCUUGAUUUCUCGAACAAUCAUUUUUCUGGAAGCAUACCUGGAUAUCUCGCAAACUUUAACUCACUGGAGUAUCUCAAUCUAUCUGAUAACAACUUUGAAGGAAAUGUGCCAACAGAAGGAAAGUUUAAGAAUGCUUCUAUAAUUUCAGUAUUUGGAAACAAAAACCUAUGUGGGGGUGUCACGGAAUUGAAAAUAGGGCUAUGCUUUUCGCAAGCACCAGCAAAGGGGACAAAGCAUUCCUCUCUUUACAAGAAAGUUGUGAUUGGAGUAAGCAUAGGCACAUCUUUGAUUUUGUUGUUAAUUGGCUUCCCUAUUGUUGAGUGCUUGAAGCUGGUUUUGGAGGUGGGACUUAAGUGUGGUGAAGAAUCUCCAGUGAAACGUUUGGCAAUGAAUGAGGCUGAAGGUGUAUUUUGGAGAACACAAAUGUUAUGGAGAGGGAGCAAAGUACAAACAGCUGAGCCAACAGAUUCUGAAGCUUCUUUAUUCACAGGCAUUUCCUACAUAGAUGGAGAUCAGUGGUGCAUUAAACUAACAAAUACGAUAUCAAGUGUCAAUUCCUUGUUCGAAAAGAAAGCAACUACAGAGCAAAGCAAAGUCACAAGAUCCGGUUUUAACCUUCAAGAUUGUUCAGCAGUUUGGUUAAGGAUUGACCACCAGUUCUUGUUUAGGGGGUUGUACAAUCAAAGCAUCAAAACUUGA